AUGCUUUGUUAUAUGUCGUUUAUUAUCCAGGAUGAGGCGUUUGAGCUGUGGUCAGAGUGGUCCAAGAUCUACGAGCCAUCGUCGGAGUCGGCCAAUGUGAUUGACAGCAUCCGGGACGAGUGGUACUUGAUCAACAUUGUCCACAACGACUUCCAGGACCAGGAUGGACUCUUUAGAGUGCUCGAGAGCGUCAAGACUAUCGCAGUGUAG